ACAAAAGAGGUUUUAUAAAAACACAAACACUUCCCCGGCUGUCGAAGUACUCAGGGAAUAAACUCCAGCCAUUGACCUCUCCAGCAAUAAGGUGAAAUAAAGAGCAAACUGAGGUGAGCUGAGGAGCGAACAGCAUCAGUCGACAUGGCUUUGAAAAGAAUACAGAAGGAGCUGCAAGACCUGCAGAGAGACCCUCCUGCACAGUGUUCUGCUGGACCAGUGGGUGAUGACUUGUUUCACUGGCAGGCCACCAUCAUGGGUCCGGGUGACAGUCCUUAUCAAGGUGGAGUCUUCUUUCUCACUAUCCACUUCCCCACUGACUACCCCUUCAAGCCACCAAAGGUAGCAUUUACAACAAAGAUUUAUCACCCAAAUAUAAACAGCAAUGGGAGUAUCUGUUUGGAUAUUCUACGGUCACAGUGGUCUCCUGCACUAACGGUGUCUAAAGUUUUAUUGUCCAUAUGUUCAUUGCUUUGUGAUCCAAACCCAGACGACCCCUUAGUUCCAGACAUAGCACACAUCUAUAAGAACGACAAAGACAAAUACAACAAACUAGCAAAAGAAUGGACCCAAAAGUACGCCAUGUAAAGACAAAAAAUAUCAAAGAAAAAAAUAUGCUGAGAAUUUUUCUUUCCUUCCUUUUUUAAAGUCACAACACACUGUAAAUGAUAGUAUGGAAUAAUUAAGUACUCAUAGAUAACAUCCAUCAAACUGUACUGUCAUUAACAUGAUUAUUAAUCUGAGACCACAACAUCUUCAUUACUUGUUUUUUUUAAAGGGAGCAAAGGUUCUACUUUGAGCAGAUGAGAGAGUUGACCUGUGCUCUGUUAAGGGACACCUUGACAUUUUAGUUUUGCAUGGUUUUUUUUUGUCAAGGAAAUGUUAUUUAUGAAACCCAAACUUAUUACAAACUGAUCCGACAUACACCAAUCAGCAACAAGCCUUUCUUUUUAUAGAGGAGCUGAUGACAGUGCAGCAGCAAAGCAGACAAGCUGCUCCAUAACUGGAAAAUCCCAGAUUCACUCCCUGCUGCAUCCAUCAGCUGCCAGCAAUAAACACGCUAUUCUGACACAUGUCUGUACAACACAACAAAGAAUACUGACAUAAUUCUAUACUUUUAACUUUAGAACUCAUGUUUAUGUUGUGGGUGAUGGAGGGUUUUGUUCUUUUGCAUCUUGUAGCAGACGAAGUUGAAUGAAACAAUAUACUGGUGCAGUUGCCCUGAAAAUGGGAACAAUUACAAAUCAAGUCAUGUAUUACUGUGUUAUUCAUCUCUUAAGGUUUAUUAUUAUUAUUAUAAUUAUUAUAAUUAUUAUUAUUAUUAUUGUAUAGUAUUAAAAAUCUAUGGAACUAUA